AUGAACAUUGUCAUACUCACAGUCCGGCUAAUAACGAAGACAAAGCUCGACAAGAAAGGGUUUGCAAAGAAAGCCGAGGAAGGAAUGCGAAAUCGAGGACUUAUUCUGAUCAAAAUGAUUCCUUAUGAUCCCGACACAACACUCUACUUUUGGACCCAGCAGUGUUUCCUCAUCGCGACUAUUUCUUGUAGCUUGGCCUUCGUUAUCAUCAACGCGAAAUUUAACGGAAAGCUGUCCAUAUUGUCUUCUAUGAUUUUCGCGCUGAUUCCAAUUAUCGAAAUUCUUCCUCCUGUUUUUGUCUGGUACGAGUACAACACUGUCUCCAACCUCGCUGUUGAUCCUGUUCAAUGGGUCUCAAUUUCGCUGAUUGUUAGCGCGUCGCUGAAGCUUCUCAACCACGUGAUCACGAUAUUUUUGCUCAUGAGAACGGAGAAAAGUGGGGAGAGAUCAAUGUUGACAAAAAUAUUCAAAAUAAUUGUUGAGCAUAAAAUUCUUCAUAGCUUUUUUCUGAAAGCUUUCGAAGUCAUGCUUGUUUAUUUUUACUUUUCCAGAUUUUUGGUUCAUGGCAGUCCGGUUUCCAACUCUACCUACAUAUCUCUCCUCUGCUCAUUUGUAACCUACCUUCCAAAGAUGAUCAAAGUGAUGAUGCAGGUACUCAACAAAUUGUUGAAGACCGGCUGCGUCAAAGAAAAUAUCGACUUUGCCGAAAAUCAAAAAGUGAUUCAACAAAAAGGAUCCGAUUAUGCUUGGGCCCCAAUUGCUCAAGGAGCAUUGACAGUCUUGCUUACUGUUAGUAAAUUUUCUAUAGUUCUAUGCGUCUUCGUGAUUUAUGUCAACGAUUAUAUCAUCGAUUUCUGCAUCGAAGUCGACCAAAAACACAAGAUGAACGACAGUAUUUGCGCACAAGUGGAUGAUAACUCCUUAUCGGUUCUGAAAGACAGAGUUAAAAUUGACGGAAAUUGCUUUGAACAAAAGUUGCUUGAGUCUGACUUCCGAACCUACGAGAUCAUCGUUCAUCCCUUUAGAACCGAAUGCAUGCUGAAAACAGCCCUGAUCAUGGCUUUUACUCUUGGAAUAAUCUUCGCAUCAACUCUUAUUUCAACCGGGAUUUGUAUAAAUUUGCCGCCUGUCUCGCUGAGCAAACUGAAGUUUAACUUCUGCCUUGCGAUCAAAGACGGCAACGACGAAGAAGAUGAUGAUGAUGCCGCAAAUGAGCCUACUGAAACGACUCCAAUGAAUCCUGACAAAGAAAGCCCAUGA